AUGGAUAAGGAACUACCUAACAGAAAGGAGCCAGAAAGUAACAGUGACCACAUCACAGGUCUCCACAUCACAAGUGACCACAUCACAAGUGACCACAUCACUGGUCACCACAUCACAAGUGACCACACCACAGGUGACCACAUCACAGGUGACCACAUCACAAGUGACCACAUCACAGGUCUCCACAUCACAAGUGACCACAUCACAAGUGACCACAUCACAGGUGACCACAUCACAGGUGACCACAUCACAAGUGACCACAUCACAAGUGACCACAUCACAAGUGACCACAUCACAAGUGACCACAUCACAAGUGACCACAUCACAAGUGACCACAUCACAGGUGACCACAUCACAAGUGACCACAUCACAGGUGACCACAUCACAAGUGACCACAUCACAGGUGACCACAUCACAGGUGACCACAUCACAAGUGACCACAUCACAAGUGACCACAUCACAAGUGACCACAUCACAGGUGACCACAUCACAGGUGACCACAUCACAAGUGACCACAUCACAGGUCUCCACAUCACAAGUGACCACAUCACAGGUGACCACAUCACAAGUGACCACAUCACAGGUCUCCACAUCACAAGUGACCACAUCACAGGUGACCACAUCACAGGUGACCACAUCACAGGUGACCACAUCACAAGUGACCACAUCACAGGUCUCCACAUCACAGGUCUCCACAUCACAGGUCUCCACAUCACAGGUCUCCACAUCACAGGUGACCACAUCACAGGUGACCACAUCACAGGUGACCACAUCACAGGUGACCACAUCACAGGUGACCACAUCACAGGUGACCACAUCACAGGUGACCACAUCACAGGUGACCACAUCACAGGUGACCACAUCACAAGUGACCACAUCACAAGUGACCACAUCACAAGUGACCACAUCACAGGUCUCCACAUCACAAGUGACCACAUCACAGGUCACCACAUCACAGGUCACCACAUCACAGGUGACCACAUCACAAGUGACCACAUCACAGGUCUCCACAUCACAAGUGACCACAUCACAGGUCUCCACAUCACACGUGACCACAUCACAGGUCUCCUCAUCACAAGUGACCACAUCACAGGUCUCCACAUCACAAGUGACCACAUCACAAGUGACCACAUCACAGGUCACCACAUCACAGGUCUCCACAUCACAAGUGACCACAUCACAGGUCUCCACAUCACAGGUGACCACAUCACAAGUGACCACAUCACAGGUGACCACAUCACAGGUGACCACAUUACAAGUGACCACAUCACAGGUCUCCACAUCACAGGUCUCCACAUCACAAGUGACCACAUCACAGGUGACCACAUCACAGGUGACCACAUCACAGGUGACCACAUUACAAGUGACCACAUCACAGGUCUCCACAUCACAGGUCUCCACAUCACAGGUCUCCACAUCACAGGUGACCACAUCACAGGUGACCACAUCACAAGUGACCACAUCACAGGUGACCACAUCACAGGUGACCACAUCACAGGUGACCACAUCACAGGUGACCACAUCACAAGUGACCACAUCACAGGUCUCCACAUCACAGGUUUCCACAUCACAAGUGACCACAUCACAGGUGACCACAUCACAAGUGACCACAUCACAGGUCUCCACAUCACAGGUGACCACAUCACAGGUCUCCACAUCACAGGUGACCACAUCACAGGUCUCCACAUCACAGGUGACCACACCACAGGUGACCACACCACAGGUGACCACAUCACAGGUGACCACAUCACAGGUGACCACAUCACAGGUGACCACACCACAGGUGACCACACCACAGGUGACCACACCACAGGUGACCACACCACAGGUGACCACACCACAGGUGACCACAUCACAGGUGACCACAUCACAGGUCUCCACAUCACAGGUGACCACAUCACAGGUGACCACAUCACAGGUGACCACAUCACAGGUGACCACAUCACAGGUGACCACAUCACACGUGACCACAUCACAGGUCUCCACAUCACAGGUCUCCACAUCACAGGUCUCCACAUCACAGGUGACCACAUCACAGGUGACCACACCACAGGUGACCACAUCACAGGUCUCCACGUCACAGGUCUCCACGUCACAGGUGACCACGUCACAGGUGACCACGUCACAGGUGACCACGUCACAGGUGACCACGUCACAGGUGACCACAUCACAGGUGACCACAUCACAGGUGACCACAUCACAGGUGACCACAUCACAGGUGACCACAUCACAGGUGACCACACCACAGGUGACCAUACCACAGGUGACCACAUCACAGGUGACCACAUCACAGAUGACCACAUCACAGGUGACCACAUCACAGGUGACCACAUCACAGGUCUCCACAUCACAGGGGACCACAUCACAGGUGACCACAUCACAGGUCUCCACAUCACAGGUCACCACAUCACAGGUGACCACAUCACAGGUGACCACAUCACAGGUGACCACAUCACAGGUCUCCACAUCACAGGGGACCACAUCACAGGUGACCACAUCACAGGUCUCCACAUCACAGGUCACCACAUCACAGGUGACCACAUCACAGGUGACCACAUCACAGUUUGUGUUCGAAUAUUCAUCGUUUUCUGUGGGGUUUGUUACUCUUGUACGCCCACCGCGACCCACCCUCCACGACCCACCUCCUGCACACCCGCUCUUCACGACCCACCUCCUGCACACCCGCUCUUCACGACCCACCUCCUGCACACCCAUCCUCCACGACCCACCUCCUGCACACCCGCCCUCCACGACCCACCUCCUGCACACCCGCUCUUCACGACCCACCUCCUGCACACCCAUCCUCCACGACCCACCUCCUGCACACCCGCCCUCCACGACCCACCUCCUGCACACCCGCUCUUCACGACCCACCUCCUGCACACCCAUCCUCCACGACCCACCUCCUGCACACCCACCCUCCACGACCCACCUCCUGCACACCCGCCCUCCACGACCCACCUCCUGCACACCCGCUCUUCACGACCCACCUCCUGCACACCCGCCCUCCACGACCCACCUCCUGCACACCCGCCCUCCACGACCCACCUCCUGCACACCCGCCCUCCACGACCCACCUCCUGCACACCCGCUCUUCACGACCCACCUCCUGCACACCCAUCCUCCACGACCCACCUCCUGCACACCCGCCCUCCACGACCCACCUCCUGCACACCCGCCCUCCACGACCCACCUCCUGCCCACCCGCCCUCCACGACCCACCUCCUGCACACCCGCUCUUCACGACCCACCUCCUGCCCACCCGCUCUUUACGACCCCCCACCUGCCCACCCGUUCUUCACGACCCACCUGCCCACCCGCUCUUCACGACCCACCUCCUGCCCACCCGCUCUUCACGACCCACCUCCUGCCCACCCGCUCUUCACGACCCACCUCCUGCCCACCCGUUCUUCACGACCCACCUCCUGCCCACCCGCUCUUCACGACCCACCUCCUGCCUACCCGUUCUUCACGACCCACCUCCUGCCCACCCGCUCUUCACGACCCACCUCCUGCCCACCCGUUCUUCACGACCCACCUCCUGCCCACCCGCCCUCCACGACCCGCCUCCUGCCCACCCGCCCUCCACGACCCGCCUCCUGCCCACCCGCCCUCCACGACCCGCCUCCUGCCCACCCGCCCUCCACGACCCACCUCCUGCCCACCCGCCCUCCACGACCCACCUCCUGCCCACCCGCCCUCCACGACCCACCUCCUGCCCACCCUCUACGCACUAAGGUACCCGACAGCAGACGAUAUUCCCCAGGCGGCUGGGCGCGUCCCUUCUCUCUACCCUUCACUGUCUCCCCGCUGUAA